AUGUGGAUGCUCACACCCACUCUCAUGGAUAAUGCCACCCGCUUGUCUGAAUUUCUAGUACCAGUGGGAAGCCUUGACUCACGUGUACCUACCACCACGGCCGGCGUGGUCUACUGCCACGAACUCGGGGGACCUUACUCGAGCCACGAGGCCACUCUGGUCACCAACAACAUUGGCCACUAUUUCUCAAAUGUCACCCGACUGAUAUGA